AUGCAUGCUGCAGCAAGGGGAAAUAAAGUUGAAGUUAUUAAAUUAUUGAUGUGUUAUGGUUUGGAUAUUAAUGCUACAAAUCAAUUUGGAGAAACACCUCUUCAUUUGGCUAUAUGGUACAGUAACUCAGAAACUGUUAUAUUUUUAGUUGAAAAUGGAGCAAAUAUUAAUAUAGCAACCUCAGAUGGACAAACACCACUUCAUUAUGCAAUACAAGUUAAGUCAGAAUUAUUAGAGUUUCUUUUGAAUCAUGGAUCUGAUCCAAAUUCUCGAAAUUGUCAUAUCGAAACUCCUCUACAUAUUGCAGUUAAAGUACAAUUUUAUGAUGGCAUCAAAACGCUUGUCUCUCAUGGAGCUAAUAUAAAUGAAAAGGAUAAAAAUGGAUAUACUCCACUCCAUAGUGCUAUUUAUUUGAACGAUCUGAAGUUAAUUGAAGAGAUUAUUGCAAAUGGAGCUGGUGUUAAUUCAACUGAUACAAUGAUGAAUACACUUCUGCAUUUCGCAGCAAAAAAUCACAGCUAUGAAAUUGCAAAAUAUCUCUUGGAACAUAAUGCAAAUGUAAAUGCAAAGAAUGAAAAUUAUAAAACACCUCUUCAUUAUGCUGCCAUUAAAAAUGAUCCAAAAAUAAUACAGCUUCUUAUUGAUUCUGGAGCAGAAAUAAAUAUCAAAGAUGAUAAAGGAAAAACUCCUCUUAACAUUGCAAUAAAUUAUAGCAUGAAAUUAGCUGAGGAAGUUCUCAUUCAAAAUGGAGUAGAAACAGAUGUUUUUGAUCAUUUGACAUAUUGA